GAAGGCCUUGUUUUGGCUGCUCAAAAUGCUGGUUCGCUUCUCACCCUAGUCACAGGAAUGUGGGCAGAUCGCCUCAAUGGUAAAUGGAUGGUUUUCGUGGCGCUUCUUCUGUGUUGCGUCGGCAACCUUGUCCUACCGCUCUUCGCUGCCGAGUCGUUCUGGUUUGCAGUAGCUGCUAGGAUAGCUGUAGGGGCUUCGGAUGCUUGUCUGAUGCCUGCUUGCAAUUCUUUGAUUACUAGUGUUGAAAGCGGUAAUCGUAAUCAACUUGAAAACAACUAUCGUUUUGUUUAUAAGUAG